UCUAGAGCUCUGAAAAAUAGAGUAAAAUGCCAUCAAUAUUGAAAGAACUGGGACUGGAACCAAUUUCGAACGAAGUGUCUUAGUGAUGGAAAGCUUAAAUGAUUGUGCGGUUAUAUCAAUUAUAUACGCGUUAUUUGACAAAAACGGCAAAGAAAGCUGGCGUUGUUGGUUGCAGUGGCAAAUCAUUUUGUGACGAGCUAAUUCCGGAAUGCCAAGUUCAUUCCGGAUUAAAACAUCUCAUCUUUCAUCAAACAAGAGGAUUUAAAGCAACAAAGUAGCUCAUAUAGAAUCUACAUCUCCGUGACUUUGCAGUUUGCAGUCACAUAGAUUUAUUGUUACCGAUAAGACACAUUGUUUCUUGUUUACGGAAACACAAGGCUAGUCGCAGCUAAAGAUAAACUACAGAAAUGGUUAUCUCUUCUGCCAGACAGCAUAACGGCCCCAAUUGAUGCAGCAUUGCGACAGGAACGACCAUUUCUUCCACCGGACAUCACACCAGAGAUGAUGGCAACAAAAAAUAGCAUUGUGCCAUCUAUGGCACAAAUGGAUAUACUUUAUAGAUGCAUAGAUUUUGCUUUCCAAGCGGAAGAUUAUAAUAAGGCGGCGUGUUUAGCAUACGUAGUUGAUCGAGCCACCUAUUGGUCGGGUGCGUCUAAGAACCUUUUGCAGGUUGUUGACAUGAUCAAGAAGGCUGAUCCACUCGUAGCGAUCGCCCCACAGAUACAAGUGAGAAAAGCUCGGGUGUUAAAAGACGAGGGUGAUCUUCAUGGUGCGAUGAAGGUACUCAACGACAUUCUUGAGCGUCGUCAAAAUGAACAAGGUGAAUGGAAGUAUGUUGAUGAAGACCAAUAUGUCACUACUAAAGCUGAAAUAAUAAAAAUUAAAGGUCACAUUCUCUACAACAUGGGGAUGUUCAAUGAGUCCGUCGAGCCAUUUCUUGACUCGAUCAACUUGUUCGCGUCUCUUCAAAAGAAGGACGAAAAAGGGAUUGCAUCCUGCCUUGGUCUUCUUACAAAAUGUCUCGGUAAACUCUCGCUUGAAGAAUUUGAGAAAGUUCGACAGAAGUUUCCAAAAAAUUUCCAAAAAGAACAUCCUUGUCUUGAAUCGUACGUGCAAGGGAUUGAGGCAGUUCGACACAUUGAAAGUCUGCACGAAAGUCUCUACAGUUCAAGGCAUAUGCUUGACGCUGAUACCUCGUUACUAAAAUAUGCCAUUCUUAGUGAAUCCCUUGCGGAGACCUAUGAACUGCUGCAGACUAUUUUAGAAGAAAUGAAAGGAAGUCUUGGGGCUCACAAAACCAUUGAAACACUCGAAAGCUCAGAACAGUUCUUUGAAUUUGUGCGAGCUCUUUUUAUGAUCAGCCUCGCCUUGGCAUUUUCUCCGGUGGAACAAGAUCGCAAACUGGGAGAGUAUGUACAACAACUAAGCAUUGAGCUCUAUUUCCACCUCUGCAAUCAUAAUUUCAAAGUUCAGUCCAAAGAAAUUCAAAGUGUGGCAAGACUAAGUCACUCUGCGAAAUCGGUUACGCUGAUGAACACGUCCCUUUCUGUUCUUGGAUUACCGAGCCUAUUGGGAGUGUUAGAGGAAGAAGUAGGGCCAGAAAAGAAAAAAUCUGAGGAAAACCUGACUGUAGGCGAGAAGGAUUCUUCAGAACACUCGGAAAUGUCAAAAAUGAAAAUUGAAGGUAUAAAAUACAACAAGGAAGUUUUCAUUAGGAACGAAGAAGCUGAAACAAGUGGAAUACAUCACGAUUGCGACGGUGAUUCAAUUAAUAAUCAGUCCAACAACACAGAUAUCCGUCGACCAGUAGAACAGGUAACUACUAAUCAGGAAAAGGAAAUAUUCAGUGGAUGGACGUACAAUUUUGGGCAUGUGACACGUGUGGAGGACAAUGUUUAUGAAGCAAGAAAAGGCCAUCUGACAUUUCCACUUGUCAACCAUGGAAAGCUAUUAGACCCGAAAAAACAAUGGCAGACGUAUAGACACAAGUGUGUUGGCUUGCCUGUGGAUCCUAACUUCUUUGCUUCGCCUGUGCCUUCCAACGAGAGAACACGAUUAUCAAUUCCCCAAAUUCCAUCCUCCGAAGAUGAAAACCAAGACUUAGCAGCCCUCGUAAAUUUGUCCGUGCCUUACAUCAAGAAAACUUUGGAGAGUAAAGCAGCUACAAACGAAAGCGUUGCUUCAAAAAACCCCAGCAGUUUAGUAAAUCGUGAGAAAACCACAGUUGGUUCUGUGAAUUCCGCCGAAAACAUAAUACCAAUGCAUCCCCAUGAUUUACCAGACCAACCAAUGAGGCGGAAGUGCAGUAACGACGGCUUCAGACAGGGAAGCGACUUUGAUGCUUCAAAGUUCGCGCCUCUAGUUGAUCUUGGUAAGGCAAGCAUUAAUGAUGUACAGGAUGCUGACGUUGGGAAAAGUACUUCUUCAAGUAGUACGUCGGAAUACAUAAACAAUUGGCAACCACCGAAAGCGAUUGGGCUUGGUGAAGGAAGCCGUAUUCAAAGAGCAUUCGUGCUGAAUUUCAACCCGACGACCAGCGUGUGGACAUCCCAAAGUACUUUAGCUUUCCUUGGCGAUGAACUUGAUUUAACAGAAGACAACAAAGGGAAUUGCAGGGACGCUUUUCGUGUCCAGUUUCUUCAUCAGGAUGAACCUAGAGGAAUGUAUGUGGGCAAGAGAUAUCGUAAUGUACGGCACCACAAUCCUACGCAAUACAUGCAAGACGUUGUUUGUCAAAUGAUGGCUGGCUACUAUGUCACAAAGUUCAACGAGGCUAUGCAGAAUUACAAACGUGAUAUCCAAGUGCAGUUCCUGCCAGUCGCUCAUCUGCAGCUGCUGACUCCGUAUGGUGAUCUGGAAGACUGCAUCAAUGUUGAGCCAUACCUAUAUGGAGACUUCAUAAAACUGACGAACAACUUUGACUUUGCGAAUAGGGAAAACCGCGGUAAAGAUUUGGCGACCGCGCUGUCUCACUUUUCUUAUUGUGAAUCAAAAGGGACGCUGAUGAUUGUGGACAUCCAGGGCUGGCUGCCGAAAGAAGGAACCGGGGUUUUCUAUCUUACUGAUCCACAAUUUCACACGGUUGGCUUGGAAAAAUUCAGUCCAUAUGAUCACCAAGAAGCGGGCAUUAAGAAAUUCUGGGAAAGGGUUCAUCCGCAUUGCAAUGAGAUGUGUCGAGCUAUUGGACUGGAAAGAUUGUAGGAGAUUGUGAAAUUCUGAAUGAUUUGAAAAGGGGGGAAAUUAUGAUUUAAAAUUAUCAGAUUAGUAAUGAUUGCUCGCCUUAUCUUGUUGAAGACAGAUCAACCGCCUGGACGAACUUGCAUGGGCAAAGAAGGAAAACUGUCGUCUCGGAUAAUCGGCGAACAAUCGGUGUAGUUCUUCUGUUUCUAUACUGAGGGUAUAAUCAACUUGUUUGUCUGCGUUUCGAAAGAGUACACGGACCAGUGAACUGUAAUAUCAAUUGGAACGCUAACUCCUAUAGUUCAGCGUAAUAGCUACUUGGUUGAAGCAGGGCGCUUACAUAGAGCCCUGGUUGAAGCCAUAAAUUGAAGCAAAAAACUGAGUUUUUUACUCGUAUAAAAAUUAGCAAAUGAUUAAUUGUCUUUAACAUAGUUCUAAAUAUUCCUGGAUAAUUACUGAAUAUAUAUUUUUCCUGGAUAUUUAAAGAAAAUCGUCCACAACAGUGAUGCUUUUGGUACGUCCAUAACUCAUUUCCACAGUUAAAAGGCCUAUAUCCUCGAGCAAUUAAGCAGAGAUUUUCGCUAACACGCGAACCAAACCCGUACAUGUUAGUGCACCCGAAGUAUAACAAAAUUCUUAGCACAUUGAAGGCGAAGACAAAUACUUUGGCUAAAAAAUAUGAAAUACACCAUUAUAUUGGCGUAUGCGCUUUUUGGAGAUUUGAAAGUAAAAUAACUUAUACAAAAUCAAAAUUUGAAA